CUGCCGCCGCCGAGCAGCCUCCUCCCCCCACCUCUCCCCGGGCAGGAGCCGCCGCCGCCGCACCGCGGAGCAAGGAGGCAGCGGGAGCAACCAGGGCGCCGGCCGGCCGGCGGUGGCGGAGCAGCUGCAGCACCCACCCGGCACGGAGGCUACUCAAUGCUGCACCUUCCGGAGCUGCAUGAGAGGCCGGUAGAGGACUGUGGAGAAGGAAAGUUUAUAACCAGUGGCACCAGGAUGGACUUUCCUGCUACCCAGCCAAAACCUCCUGCCGAUGGCAAGAUCAUCUACUAUCCUCCCGGAGUAAAGGAGAUAACAGACAAAAUUACUAACGAUGAGGUGGUCAAACGGUUGAAGAUGGUAGUAAAAACCUUCAUGGACAUGGACCAGGACUCAGAAGAUGAGAAACAGCAGUAUCUCCCUUUAGCUUUGCAUCUUGCAUCUGAAUUCUUCCUCAGGAAUCCCAACAAAGAUGUGCGUCUCCUUGUAGCAUGUUGCUUGGCUGAUAUAUUCCGAAUCUAUGCUCCAGAAGCGCCAUAUACAUCCCAUGAUAAACUUAAGGACAUAUUCUUGUUUAUUACAAGACAGUUAAAAGGCUUGGAGGACACUAAGAGCCCCCAAUUUAACCGAUACUUUUACUUAUUAGAGAAUUUAGCUUGGGUUAAAUCUUACAACAUCUGCUUUGAGUUGGAAGAUUGCAAUGAAAUUUUUAUUCAGCUUUUUAGGACUCUUUUUUCAGUCAUCAACAAUAGUCACAACCAGAAGGUACAAAUGCACAUGCUGGAUUUGAUGAGUUCUAUCAUCAUGGAGGGUGAUGGAGUAACUCAAGAGCUCCUGGACUCCAUUCUCAUUAACCUCAUUCCUGCACACAAGAAUCUUAAUAAACAAGCAUUUGAUCUUGCAAAAGUCUUGUUGAAAAGGACUGUCCAGACUAUUGAACCAUGUAUCGCCAAUUUUUUUAACCAGGUUCUGGUACUGGGAAAGUCUUCAGUAAGUGACUUGUCAGAACAUGUAUUUGAUCUGAUACAAGAGCUGUUUGCCAUAGAUCCUCACUUAUUGCUGUCUGUCAUGCCACAGCUUGAGUUCAAACUGAAGAGUAAUGAUGGAGAAGAGCGUUUGGCUGUUGUUCGACUUCUAGCUAAACUAUUUGGCUCUAAAGAUUCUGAUCUGGCAACACAAAAUCGUCCUCUUUGGCAAUGCUUUCUUGGACGAUUUAAUGAUAUCCAUGUCCCUGUGAGAUUAGAAAGUGUGAAAUUUGCCAGUCAUUGUUUAAUGAACCAUCCGGAUUUAGCAAAAGACCUCACCGAGUACUUGAAGGUUAGAUCACAUGACCCAGAAGAAGCUAUUCGACAUGAUGUCAUUGUUACAAUUAUAACGGCUGGGAAGAGAGACCUUUCUUUAGUCAAUGACCAGCUACUUGGCUUUGUAAGGGAAAGAACACUAGAUAAACGGUGGCGAGUAAGAAAAGAAGCUAUGAUGGGACUUGCCCAGCUAUACAAGAAGUAUUGUCUUCAUGCUGAGGCUGGCAAAGAUGCUGCAGAGAAAGUGAGCUGGAUAAAGGAUAAACUUUUGCACAUAUAUUAUCAGAAUAGCAUUGAUGACAAGUUACUGGUAGAGAAAAUCUUUGCUCAGUAUCUUGUCCCACACAAUUUGGAAACCGAAGAGAGAAUGAAAUGCUUGUACUAUUUAUAUGCUAGCUUGGAUCCAAAUGCUGUCAAAGCACUGAAUGAGAUGUGGAAGUGCCAGAAUAUGCUUAGGAGUCAUGUACGAGAAUUAUUGGACUUGCAUAAGCAGCCCACUUCGGAAGCAAAUAGUAGUGCCAUGUUUGGAAAGCUGAUGACCAUAGCAAAAAACCUUCCAGAUCCUGGAAAAGCACAAGAUUUUGUGAAGAAAUUCAAUCAGGUUCUUGGGGAUGAUGAGAAACUUCGAUCUCAGCUCGAGUUGUUAAUCAGCCCUACUUGUUCAUGUAAACAGGCAGAUGUCUGUGUGCGGGAGAUAGCCCGGAAGCUUGCAAAUCCCAAGCAGCCAACAAAUCCUUUCCUGGAGAUGGUCAAAUUUCUUUUGGAAAGAAUUGCCCCGGUGCACAUUGACUCAGAAGCCAUUAGCGCACUAGUAAAGCUGAUGAAUAAAUCUAUAGAGGGGACAGCUGAUGAUGAAGAGGAGGGUGUAAGUCCUGAUACUGCUAUUCGUGCAGGACUUGAACUUCUCAAGGUUUUGUCUUUCACACAUCCUACCUCGUUCCACUCUGCAGAGACAUAUGAGUCUCUCCUGCAGUGCCUCAGGAUGGAAGAUGAUAAGGUAGCUGAGGCAGCUAUUCAGAUUUUCAGAAACACAGGCCACAAAAUAGAAACAGACCUGCCGCAGAUAAGAUCGACAUUAAUUCCUAUUUUGCAUCAGAAAGCAAAGAGAGGUACUCCUCACCAAGCAAAACAGGCUGUCCACUGUAUACAUGCCAUAUUCUCAAAUAAAGAAGUGCAACUUGCACAGAUCUUUGAGCCUCUUAGUAGAAGUUUGAAUGCUGAUGUUCCAGAGCAACUUAUAACUCCAUUAGUCUCUUUGGGCCACAUCUCUAUGUUAGCUCCAGACCAGUUUGCUUCUCCAAUGAAAUCUGUGGUUGCAAAUUUCAUCGUGAAAGAUCUCCUCAUGAAUGAUAGGUCAACAGGUGAGAAAAAUGGGAAAUUGUGGUCCCCAGAUGAAGAGGUUUCCCCAGAAGUUCUAGCAAAGGUGCAAGCAAUUAAACUUUUGGUACGCUGGCUCUUGGGUAUGAAGAACAACCAGUCUAAAUCUGCAAAUUCAACACUCCGGUUAUUAUCAGCUAUGUUGGUCAGUGAAGGAGACUUAACAGAACAGAAGAGAAUCAGUAAAUCAGAUAUGUCUCGUCUUCGACUGGCUGCUGGUAGUGCUAUAAUGAAGCUUGCACAGGAACCUUGUUACCAUGAAAUAAUUACCCCAGAGCAGUUCCAGCUCUGUGCACUUGUCAUUAAUGACGAGUGUUAUCAAGUGAGACAGAUAUUUGCUCAGAAGCUGCACAAGGCACUUGUGAAGUUACUGCUCCCAUUGGAAUACAUGGCAAUCUUUGCCUUGUGUGCCAAAGACCCUGUGAAAGAGAGAAGAGCACAUGCCAGACAGUGUUUGCUCAAAAAUAUCAGUAUACGAAGAGAGUAUAUUAAGCAGAACCCUAUGGCUAAUGAAAAGCUGUUAUCUCUUCUGCCUGAAUAUGUGGUACCAUAUAUGAUUCAUUUACUGGCGCAUGAUCCAGAUUUCACAAAACCUCAGGAUGUUGAUCAGCUUCGUGAUAUCAAAGAGUGCCUGUGGUUCAUGCUUGAAGUUUUAAUGACAAAGAAUGAGAACAACAGCCAUGCCUUCAUGAAAAAGAUGGCAGAAAACAUCAAGCUUACCCGGGAUGCUCAGUCUCCUGAUGAGCCUAAGGCCAAUGAAAAACUCUAUACAGUAUGUGAUGUAGCACUGUGUGUAAUCAACAGCAAGAGUGCUUUAUGUAAUGCAGAUUCACCAAAGGACCCCGUAUUGCCAACCAAAUUUUUUACGCAACCUGAAAAGGACUUCAGUAAUGACAGGAAUUACAUUACAGAAGAGACAAGGGUUCUUCUUUUAACGGGAAAGCCAAAACCAACUGGUGUAUUAGGUGCAGUAAACAAACCAUUAUCUGCAACUGGAAGGAGACCUUAUAUUAGAAGCACAGGAUCAGAGACUGGAAGCAAUAUUAGUGUAAACUCAGAGCUGAGCUCUCCUGCAGGAAACAGAUCAAGGGAACAGAGUUCAGAUAUAUCAGAAACUGGGGUCAGCGAAAAUGAUGAAAAUCCAGUGAGGAUUAUUUCAGUCACGCCAGCAAAGACAGAACCUGUGAAAAACAAGGAGAUUCAUUCUGAUCAGGCUACACAAGGAAACAUUAGCACUGAACGUGGAAAAAAAAGAACGGCAGUGGCAGCUGGAUCAGAAAACAUUCAUCAAAAAACAGAAGAAAAAAAAGCAGAUGAAUCAGGACCACCAGCCCCUCCCAAACCUAGGAGAGGGCGUCCACCAAAGUCUGAAUCUCAGGGCACCACAGUAAAAAAUGAUGAAACAAAUAAACCAUCUGGCAGGGGAAGGAAAAGGGCAGCAGUCAGUCAAGAGAGUUCAGGGGGUUUAGAGGCAGGUAAUGCCAAAGCACCAAAACAGCAAGACAUAGCAAAAAAAGCAGCACCAGCACAGAGACAAAUUGAUCUACAAAGAAGCCAGGUGCUGGGAAGUGAUGGAGAUUCACUGUUGGAGAUAGAAUCAAGUCCAGAAUAUUCAUCAAAUGAUAUGGAUCAUUUUAAAGCCUGUGAGAGCAGCCAGGAAGACAAUGAGGAUACAGAGCUAGCAGAGGGAGGCUUCCUUAAGGUAAAAAGAAAGCUUACUCGAAAAGGGAGGAAAUGAAGGCCAAACAAAGGCAAGCUCCAAGCUUCUGCAAAAACUAAGAUUCUGAAAUUUCCUAUACAGCAACUGAAAUUACUUCAAAACACACAGCUUUCAGCUCUGAAAACAGAAGGAAAACUAUGCUUCCCUUUUACAUGAAAUUAAUCCUUCUCAAUGGAAAUGUAAAGCAGAAACUCUUGAGAAAGAGGCUAAAAGCAUCUUAUUUCCCCAGAGACUUUUUUUUAUGAAAAGUCAAUAAUUAAGCAAAUUGCUUAACACUUGGUUCCAGUUUCUGCAUAUCUGGAGUUUAAAAGUGUUUUACUCCAUUAAUUUUCAUGCUGCAUUUUUUUUAAAUGAAAGUCAAAGGAAGUCCUUUUACUGACAUUAAAAAUUUGUGAUCCUAGAGCCAGGUUAUUCCCAUGUUUCACAAGAAAGAGUAGAGGAAAAUCACAAGAAAUACUUCUUUGCUUUACUUUUGGAGACUGUUUUAUGUAUAAUUCUUUCCGCCUGCCUACUUUUCUGCAAAAAUAAGAUGUACAGAUUUCAGUUCCCGGCUAUGAAAAGUCAUGUGGUGGCAAUUUUAUAAAUGUUGCUUUCUGAUUUUUAUCAGAGUGGGAAAAUAAUCACUUAAAAUUAUUAUUGAUUUGCAAGUAGACAUUUCAUUUUUUAAUUUUUCCUCCAUUUUAGUUUAAUAUAAUUUGCAAUAAAUGUACAUAUUGAUGUUUGUUUUAUAAAAACAUAUAUCACUUUUAAAUGUUUUUACUCCAGCAGUUCUGUUGGAAUAUUCGAAAUUUUAAAGGAGUAAAGACAGUCCAGCAUUUGAUUUUAUAAUGUUUGUCACCAGAUUUUUAUUAUUGAUGUAAAAAAGUCAAUUUUUAAAAAUAGUUGGACUUCGGCAGCUUUGUAAGGAAAGUUGGAAAUGUUUAGGAUUGCUCUCAAUUUUAAGCAUUGUGCUGAUUGGAAGUAAGUCUGUUUUGCAUUUUGUCUUCCUGCCCAGGCUCAUUUUUAAUGUUUAUUUUAGAAGACUGUUGCAUCAAUAUUAUGUUUCCUGGCAUCGUUCAGCAUAGAUACAGUGUACACUUUUAUGUACACGUGAUCAUAUUUAAGUUUGUUGCAUAAAAUAAACGCUUCUAGGUGUCAUAUGGUGGUCCUUUUUUCAUUCCCCCUAAAUCUAGUUGUGUAUCUGUACACAGUAACAUUGCAUUUGAGCAAAUAGGCUGUGUGCUG